GCAGCGAGACGCGGGUCUCUUUUUGUCUUAGUCACUGCCGCGCUACACUCAGAAUGUACAGAUAGUUGCUGUUGACACUACGGUGCUACGAAACACUGUUAUGAUGCGAUUUCAUUUGCUGAUCUUACUCUUGAAAGCAGGUACUUGCUUUACGUUCCCUUUGACUGGAACUGAGGUUGUUGAGGAGGGAUCAACAUUUAGCAAACCUGUCAUUAAAACCUCUCAAUUGAAAAAGGAUGAUCAAGUCCAUGUCCAUUUUGGGUCCGAGUUAUGUGCGCAGUACUUCUGUCAUGAUGGGACAUGUGUCAACCACCCAACAACUGAGGGGCAUUUCCAAGUACAGGGAGGUUCUUUAGUGCUGGUCAUACCCAAAAUCAACAUCACUGACUCCGGCCUGUACCGUGUCUUCCAUAAUGGAUAUCAGACUGUCCUGAACUUCACUCUUGAUGUUAAAGGCCAGACUUCUGCAAUGCCUGAUUCCACAAAUGCAGCGCAAGAGAUGCCAAACAACUCAACAUGGAGAUACACUGCAGUUGCGGUCCCAACCGUGGUGCUGGUGGUCAUCGUCAUUGGUUUCAUCUGCUGGAAGAAAUUCAGAUCCCGAACAGAACGGCCUUCUGGACAAGGGGAAUGUCGGGAAGAUUCAGAUACAGAACAGAACGGCCUGCUGCGGAGUACGAGUCCUGAGUCGACACAUGAGCCAGAAGUGUCUUACAAUCACCAAAAUGUGACCUUCUUGCUGUAGCGGUUGUUUCCCAUCUCACACUCAUUUUAUCUCACUAUUGGUUACGUUUUGCUUUAAGGUUUAGGGUAGCGAAGUAGGUUUUGAUUAUUUAACUCGAUAGAACAUUAACCUUAAAAGUAUCACCGGUUCCUAAACUAUACUUUUUUUUUUUAUACCAAUUUUAUGAAAUCCAUUUUAACAAGAUUACAAACAUUAUCUCAAAAAAACUUUGGUUUUAUUUUUUUCAGUUUGUUGACUUUGUUUACAGACCCAAAGACUCGUCUCCUGAGCCUUCUGGUCUCCUCAUGCCAGGGCCGGCAGAGGCUAUAACAUUAAUGUGAAGAGGGAAAAAACACAAAAGCUAAACUGUUAAUUCAGCCAACACUAAUGAUAAGUACGGUUUAACAAGAUAAGUUCAUUAUUGUGAGUUAAACUUGAUCUGUUACUUCCACUGAUCUUGGCACUUUUAGAUUGGGCACAUCUAGCAUGCUACAUGCUCAUCACUGAUCACUGACGUUGACGAGAUUAACCACUUAGGUAUCAAAAUAUGGUACCAAACAAGACAUUUUUCGAUACUCGAUUGUUUAGAAGCCAUUCAGUCGGUGCCUAAAAUAAAUCGAACUCAAUACCCAGCCCUACACUUGGAACUGCCACAGUACGUGUUAGGAACCACCUUUUAUUAUUUUGCACAAAAAAUAAGUUCUUCAACUAUAUUUCUAUCUUUCUUUUUGCACAUCUAGGCCUAUACUUUUACAUAUGAUCAGCACUUUAAUGUAUUUUAUGGAUCGCUGCUAUUUUAACGUUUUAUUUUUACUGCUAGGAAGUUCAGUAGCCCCUUCUAGAGUUGUAGAUUUCCACUAAAUCUGAUAAACUGGAGUAAUUGCACUGAACACAUUUUCCACACGAAUGUAUGCUCAGUUUAUUGAAAGCAAUCGCAGACGCAACACUUCACCAGCAUGUUCUGUUGAGACUGACUUCAGUGUUUUAUUUAUUUUAAUAUGGUUUUCCAGAUUCCCCUUUUAUGAUGCAAGUUUGAAAAUAUCUUGAAGCUUUAACCCUCUGGUUACCUCAAAGUUGGCGUGAUCAUUUAUUUUAGUGUAUUUAUGUUUAUAUGUAUUCAUUGUGUUGAUCGCUAGCUGACGUGUUUUUUUGCAUGAUGCUAAUUUGUGCCUUAAUGUAUUUCCUAAUCCUAACUCUGCACUAACAUUACUUUAAUGAAACGGCUGCUUUUAUUUUUGCUUGCUUGAUUUAUUUUAGUUUUUUGUUGGAGUCUGGUUAUGCAGGCUCAGUUGGUAGAGCGGGUCAGCUGCCAAUCGCAGGGUUGGUGGUUCGAUUCCCGGCCCACAUGACUCCACAUGCCAAAGUGUCCUUGGGCAAGACACUGAACCCCAAGUUGCUCCCAAUGGCAGCUCUGCCAUUAUUGGUGUGUGAAUGGGUGAAUGAGUCACGUUGUAAAGCACUUUGGUAACCUCCUAAUGUAUAAGUGCAGACCAUUUACCAUUGUCAUUAAGUAUUUUCAGUUUGUAGUAGUCAUUUUAAUUUUUGGGUAUUAUUUUCAUUAGCUGACAUAAGUGCUCUUUUGAAAUAUGCUACUUUGUGCCUUAAUGUAUUUCUUAAUCCUAACUCUGCACUAACAUUAAUGAAACAGCUGCAUUUAUUUAUUGAUUAUUUAUUCAUACUGUUUGUUUACUAUUAUUUGUCUCUGCUUUAUAAUUCUUGAUACUUUUAUACUCCAUCACAAUAUUAAGCUCAAAUUGUGAAGUAUUAACUGAGAAAGGAAUAUGCACAUGUAGGAGUUAUUUAUAAACCAGAUGUCAGAGUUUUACACUAUAAAAACAUGUUACAUGUAAACCGACCGUGAUGUCAUCUCUUAUAAAAGGCCAAAGUAAUGUUAAUUUUAUUUAUUUAUUUUUAGAAGAAAUGGCAUUUUGGGCCAAAUGUGACCAAAUAAUCUUUUCAUACAAUUAAUUUCUGAAAGAAUCAAAUGUGAAUCAACUUGUGAACAAUAAUUUGUGACUCACUGGUGCAAUUGUCUGUAUUUAUGUCUUUUUUAAUGUGAAAUAAACACUUUG